CUUAAAUUCCUAGAUUAAUGAUGGCAGCAAAUCGCUCAACCAGCGACAUUUGGUACCACUUCACAAAAUUGGCGGAUGGCAAGGCGAAAUGCAGAUACUGUCGAGCUGCGCUCUCCAUGUCAUCUGGCUCGACUGGAAAUCUUAAACGGCAUCUGACGAAGAAACAUCCCACAGUGCCCCUCAGCCGAGUUGAACCCAGCCGCUCCCGAUCACCUUCCGCGUGCGGCGAGAGCGUCGACGACCCUGCUGCUCCGGCCUCGGCGCCGUUGCCAAGCCCUUCAAGUACAAGGAGCCUGAGCCAAUUAUCGGACUAUUCGAAUGUAUCAGAAAGUGGUUUGAUGUCGCCAGUUUCGACUUCGACGGCUUCGUCAACACCGUUCUCCACACCUGGGCCCAGAUCAAACCUGUUAUCGCAGUCAUUAUUGACUCGAUAUGUUGAUGCAGUUAAACCAGUCUCAGCGCAGAAAAAAAGGAUGAUUGAUGUUCAAUUACUCAAGAUGAUUUGCAAAGAAUACCAUCCGUUUUCUCUAGUUGAGGAUAAGGAAUUUCGAAAACUUGUUAAUAUUUUGAAUCCAAAUUAUAGCUUACCGAGCCGUAAGACACUCACAAAUAGUUUGUUGCCCGCUAUUCAUAGCGAACUCCUAGAUAAAAUUAAAUUAGCUCUGCUUGAUGCCCCAGCUGUUUGCUUGACAUGUGAUGCAUGGACUAAUAUCAACAAUGUUAGCUUCUAUGCCCUUACUGCUCAUUACAUUGAUCAGACUACAUGCUUACGAUCGUGUCUGAUUGAAUGUUCAGAGUUUUCCAAUAGACACACGAGUCGCAAUAUAGCUGCUUGGGUAAACGAAGUUUUAGAAAGAUUUGCCAUCCGAAAUAAAAUUUGUGCUGUUAUCACUGACAAUGCUGCUAAUAUGAAAGCAGCUGUUACGGAAUUAACUCUUAGACACUUGGGCUGUUUUGCGCAUACUUUGAAUUUGGUCGUCACAGAUGCCAUUUCGGCAUCCAUUGGGGCAAAACUUGAUAAAGCUAAAUCCAUUGUCCAGUACUUCAAGCGAAGCAGCUCGGCACUCGCGAAACUUCGUGAGAUGCAAACGUCACUUAAUAAAGAUCAGCUUAAAUUAAAGCAAGAUGUUCCCACUAGGUGGAAUUCCACCUUUGAUAUGUUAGAGAGAUUAAUGAAAAACAAAGAGCCACUCGUUUCAACUCUAGCGUUACUUGGAUACAAAGAUAAAUUAGAAGAACUAGAAUGGACAGAACUGGCCCAUGCUGUUAAGGUCUUAACUGUAUUUAACGAUGUAACCACAGAAAUUUCUGCUGAAGCAAAUGUGUCAUUGUCUAAAACGACCGUUUUGUCCAGGAUAAUGACAAGAAAAGUAAAACAAUAUUUAGAGACUAAUAGAGACGCUCCAGAGACUAUUGUAAAGCUUGCAAACGAACUCAUAGAUGGUCUGACACGGCGAUUUGGUAACAGAGAAUCAAACGAAUUAAUUUCUCAAUCAAUAUUUUUGGACCCACGGUUUAAGUCACAAGGCUUUGGGGAUGACGCGAAGUUCAAGUCGACUAAGAAAGCGCUUGUUUUGAUGGUAAAAGCGACUAUCCAAAGUACGGAGCCUGGAUCAAGCAAUGAGCCCGAGACGCCUGUUCAGACCUCAUCAGUAUGGGAUGAGUUUGACGCGAGUUUGAGCUCCUUGCAAGAAAAACAAGACCCUACAGCUCAGGCCGUAGUUGAGAUAGAUAAGUACCUAAACGAGCCGUACUUGAACCGCAUUAAUGAUCCGCUUAAGUGGUGGGAAAGUAGAAAACUCACCUACCCGAACUUGUAUGCAGUGGCUAUAAAAAGGCUUUGUAUUCCCGCGACAAGUGUACCGUGUGAAAGAAUAUUUUCUAAAGCUGGCCAAAUUUGUACCGAAAAGAGGAGUCGUCUCACUUCUGAUAAAGUCAGCAAAACAUUGUUUAUUAACCAUAACAUACAUUUGAUGUAGAACUUUUUAGUGCAGAUAGUUAAGUUUUGUGGAUCUUGCGUGUGAUUUUUGUAUUGCACUUGAAGAAAUUAUUUCCACAUUCAUUUUGUAUGGCGUUACAGCUCACUCAUGUUAUAGUGAGCGUGUGUAUGUUAAUAAAUUUGAAAGAAAACUUACAAUAAUUUUUCUUAUUUUGACCAAAGUUGAUUUUAAUACACCACAAAAACAGAAAAGCUCCUGUAAUGACAAUGAGGUUAUAUUUUCUAAAAAAUACAUAGCAUUCUGUCUUACAGUAGUAUAAGCAUUUUAUCCUCAAUAUCAGGAAAGAAAGGUACAUUACAAUUAAAAAUUCACGUUUUGAAAAUAAGUAAUUGAUAAAUAUUCUCCAAACAUAGCGAAAUCACAUAUAACACGGUUAUUCUAAUGCAUACAUCGAUUUUUCAAAGCCAAAUAGCUAGACUGUACAUAAGACAGACUACAGAUUUAAGGGAACCGGUGAGCCGUUCAAAUGAGCCGGUUCAUUUCAGUGAGCGGAGCCGUUCCGAGCCGCUCACUGAAGUGAGCCGUUUUGCCCA